AUGGCUGCACUCUUCUUGGCCGUGUUGCUGGCUGGCGGCCAUGCCUUUCGCUACGAGCAGCUAGAAGAAGAGGAUUUUCUUCCGCGUCUGCGGGCCUUCGACGAGACUGGUUUUCGACGGUUGAUGACUGGGCAGAAGCUGCCACUGACGAUGUCCAGCUUCGCGGAGACCAGCGCGUCAUUCCCAGAAUUACCCUAUUUCUGGAGAAAGCGGCUGAAGAUCGUGGACCGACUGGGGUCGGGAUCGUUUGGAGAAGUCUUCAAGUGCAAAGUGGCGUGCUCUGGACAUGAUGCCGAUGACUUCGUCACAUUGAAGCUGAUAAAAGAAGAGAGUGCAUUUACCGAGCGGGAGAUCGGUUUCCUCAAGAAAAUGAACGAGGUCUCGGACUACUGCGUCUCAGCUAUCGGCUCGCCUGCCUCCUUCCAUACGAACGAAGGGACUUGGCUCCUGAUGCCCUACUUUAAUGACGGUGACCUUCUUGAACUCGCGCACACAUGCGGCGCCAAAGGUAAGUGCAAAGACCCGGGUCAGCCCAAGAACAACUGGGACGCGCUGGGCCGUGGCGUCAGCAAUGCAGAGGUCUUGGCCCUUUUCCACCAGAUAGUACAAGGCGUUGACGCCUUGCAUUCCCGCGGAAUCAUCCACACCGAUCUAAAGCUGGAGAACGCAAUGCUCAGCUGUCGUGACGACAAGUGCUUUGCAUCGGUGAUUGAUCUGGGCCUGGGAUGCGAGCCAAGAGUGACACGUACGUGUGGAAUGACUGGAACCCCUACCUACCUCGCGCCAGAGGUAUGGAAGACAGGCGAACCCCGAAGCUCAAUGACGAGCCCGAUGCGAGACGUAUGGUCACUGGGCGUCAUGCUUUACCUGCUGGUUUAUCCCACAGUUCCACCGUUUAUGUGGGACACCACUGGGCAGAAGCAGAUCAAGUACAAGCCCAGCGAGGAUAAGACCAUCGGCAAAGAGAAUCUGGAUCUGCUCAUCGCGCAGAUGCUGGACCCGGACCCGCGUAUGCGUGCCCCAAUUGCGACUAUCCUUCCCGUGUUGGAGCAGAUCAUCAAGACGGAUUACGAAGCGCCACCAGAAGUCAUAAGCAUGAUUGAUGAGAAGCCCAUCGAUCGCAACGCCACCAUUCCUGUGCCGAAAUGCAUGCUCGACAAGUUGGACUACGACGUUGGGGAUCAGCCCUUCGAGCGCGAAAUGUGCGUGGACAACGUGACCGAGGCCGAGGGAGUCAUGCGUUGUGGCUUCUGCGUGGGCUGCAACCCCUGCUGCAAAUGUCGGGUGCUUCGACACGGCCAGAAAGUCAAAGAGCACUUCCGCCAGCGAGUAUGCGAUUGA